AUUGUGUGGUUCUCGCGAGAUUUGCAUGGAAACAUGGCAGCAUCCAAAAGAAAACGUGGAGGACAGGGUCCCGUCAACAAGAAGGCUAAAAAGGGUAAAUUUGUGGUAGACCAAAGAGAAAGUCAAGCUGAAGCUGAACCAGAGACGAAAAAUGAAGUCACAGUCCCAGCACCGGUCUCAAUGGGCAAAUGGACCAACAAGGAAAGAGUUCUAAUCUUCUCCUCUAGAGGAAUCAACUUCAGAACAAGACACUUGAUGCAGGACCUGAGGACCAUGAUGCCUCAUGCGAAAGCAGAUACAAAAAUGGACCGGAAGGACAAGUUGUUUGUCAUCAAUGAGGUGUGUGAGAUGAAAAACUGCAACAAGUGCCUGUUUUUUGAGGCUAAGAAAAAGCAGGACCUCUACAUGUGGAUCUCGAACUGCCCGCACGGACCUUCAGCAAAGUUUUUGGUUCAGAACAUUCAUACACUGGCUGAACUCAAAAUGACAGGAAACUGCCUGAAAGGAUCCAGACCACUGCUAUCGUUUGAUCCUAAAUUUGACACGGAGCCCCACUACGCUGUACUUAAAGAGCUCUUCAUUCAGACGUUUUCUACUCCACGUUACCACCCUAGGAGUCAGCCAUUUGUGGACCACGUCUUCACCUUCACCAUUGUAGACAACAGGAUUUGGUUUAGAAACUACCAGAUAAUUGAGGAGAAUGCCGCUCUGGUGGAGAUCGGACCUCGAUUUGUUCUCAACCUCAUGAAAGUCUUUCAGGGAAGUUUUGGAGGACCCACGCUCUACGAAAACCCCGUCUUCCAGUCUCCUAACUUGCACAGACAGCAGCUCCGCCUGGCUGCAGCAGCCAAAGUGCGCGAGAAGCAGGCGGUGAAGGACUUGCAGAAAGUCAAGAGGACCAUGGCGAAGGAAACCCUGGACAAGGACGUCACGGACGACGUCUUCCUCACACCGGCCGAGAAGAAGCCUGUCCACAUUCAGACAGAAGCGCCAGAGCCAAAAGUGGUGAAAAAGAACAAACACAAAGCUUUCAAAAGGCAAAGGAUGCAGCGGCUACGCAGAUAGACUGGAUUCGUCUGAGUGGAUGAUGUCAUGCUUUUCUCUUUUGUGUAAUGCAAGUCUGGUUUUCAGCACGCAGUCUUCUGUUAAUGCUCGUUAAAAGUUGUGGACUGACUUUGUGACGUAAAUGCUGAUGAAAGCUGGACACACGGCUGACCUGCUUUAAUAACAAACAACUUUUUAAAUAAAAACAGUUUCAGUUCAGUUUUUGUAAUAAGAAUAAAACUGUUCAACAUAUAACAA